AUGACAAAUCCCAGCACCUCCCACGUCGUCUUACCCAUGGGACUCACUGAUUGUCGCUCUGCUUCACCCACCACGUCGACCUCACAUCACGGCACAUCUUCUCUCGAGACGGUCCACUCGGGUAUUCACUUGCCACUCGUCUCGCAGUCGGAAAAGGUACUUCAAGGCUCGUGGCCGCGCAAGUCUGGUCAUGCUCGCAGAACAUCAUUCCUCGACUCGAUGGCUCGACCCUACCUUCGUCGUCGGAUCUGGUGGAGGCAGAUCGUGUACCUCCUGGCGCUCGCCUUCAUCUUUCUUUGGGCGCUCCGUCACAGAUCUCGAAUUCAAUUCGUUUUACAACGAUCGCAUCCAGCAGGCCGACAUCCGUCGACGCCGCCUGUCUCAGGAGGAUAUGGCCCAUCUAGACCAGACGUCGCAGCGAAGGGCCACGACAGCCCGCCGAAGAAGGCGGUCAAGGACCACGAGUGGUGGACACCAUCUCCGAUCUUUGACGACACAGGACGUCCGUGGCCUACCCAGGGAUCGGAUGGAAGUCUGGUCAAGACAGAGACAGGGAGAACGUUCGUGUACCGCAAUGACUUGUGAGUCACACUCCGUCGACGAUGCUUUCGAACCGCGCUAACACCGCGCACUUGUCCCAGUGGAGGGAGAUGGGAUGCUCGGGUGAAUAGUCUGGCUGCCCGAUGUCAGUCGGACACCCCUCCACUUUCGCGGCGAUGGAGCUUCUCUCAUCAAACAAUCUUUGGCGUCAGCCUGGGCGGGUGAGUGAAUGAUAUCACCAGUUCCUAUCAGCACCAAGCGGCUGACAUGGGGGUCAAAAAUGGGACAAGUUGGCUCACCUUAGAGCCCUUCAUCACACCUGCAAUGUUCGAGCCUUACCUCGACCACGACCCACCCCCAAAAGACGAAUACGGGCUAUCCGUGCAUCUUGGCGACCGACUUGAGGCCGUUCUGACCCAUCACUACGAGACGUUUAUUACGGAAAAAGAUUUUGCCGAGAUCGCAGGCGCGGGUUUGAAUUGGGUCCGCCUGCCCAUCAGCUAUUGGGCGAUCGAAACGCUCGAAGGGGAGCCGUUUCUGGCUCGCGUUUCGUGGAAAUGUCAGUUUUGGAGCCCAUGUGGGAAUGGGGCAGUAUGCUGGUGGCUUACUCAUACACGUUCAUGCCGAUCCCGAUCCACAGACUUUCUGAAGGCGAUUGAGUGGGCAAGAAAAUACGGACUGCGCAUCAACCUUGAUCUGCACGCCGUGCCGGGUUCGGCAAAGUCAGUGCCUACGAAAGGGGGCCUGAAGCGUACAUACUGAUCUUGAACCCUAUUGUGAUGCACAGUGGAUGGAACCACGGUGGGAAAAGCGGCACAGUCGGCUUGUUGAACGGGGUAAUGGGCAUGGCCAAUGCCGAAAGAACGAUCAACGUCGUUCGGGCUCUCGCCAAGUUCAUCAGCCUUCCAAUCAAUCGGGAUGUCAGUUGACUGAUUUCUCAUUUUCGUUCUUAUAAAACCACUGACUAGCACGACGCGUGUUACAGAUCAUUUGCAUGUUCAGCCCAAUCAAUGAACCACUGGUGGAGACAAUAGGGACAACGGCUUUGCGAGCAUUGUAAGUAGCUGUUCGGUUUGAGGUUUCCUAGGGGUUUUCACCUAAAUUCAAUCGGGAUGAGUUCAUAGUUAUCUCAAGCUGUACGAAGCUGUGAGAGCAGAGUCGGGGUAUGGAGACGGCAAUGGACCGGUGAGUAGUCGGUCCGAAGAGAGGAUGAUGGCCGUUGAUUGACUGCCUCGAUGCCGCUUGUUAGUUCAUCGUCAUCCAUGACGGCUUCAUCGGAACCGCCAAAUGGUUCGACUUUUUGCCAGGCGCAGAUCGCAUCGCUCUCGAUUCGCAUCGGUACAUUGCCUUCCGCCCCUCGAAUGACCAUACGAUGCGGCAGCAGGCUCUCAAAGUAAGGCCAAAGCGCAGUCCCAAUAAUCACCGAUUCAGGCAUUCAAGCACUAAUUUGUAUAUUCUACUUCCAGCCUUGUGAUCUUUGGAUGAACUUGCAUAAUCGGACCAUGCGAACGUUCGGCGUCGGAAUGGUCGGGGAGUGGUCCGUUGCUAUCAACGAUUGCGGCAGGUGAGUAACGCAGCUUCCUCAGAUAUGUUUACUCAAUGACUCAGCCGAUUGUUGGUCAUGUGUCUAGAUUCAUUAAUGGUAUACAGUCAGGUGCCCGGUACGAAGGUACCCUAAACGAUCCUGGGGUAGAAAAAUCGGUGGCCCAGCCCGGUGGGUGUGGGCAGUGGGAGAGGUCCGAUCUCUGGGACGCAGAGACGAAGCAAGGCAUGCAAGACGUCGCCCUUUCGCACAUGGAUGCGUUUCAAAAUUGGUUCUUCUGGACGUCAGUCACUACUUAGUAAGAUGCAGGCGCUUUAACAACUCUCGUCCUGACACUUUCAGUCCCACUUAUGCUUCAGGUGGAAAACGGGCCCUUCACUGCGCAACCCCACACGCGCGGUGAAUCCAAUGUGGUCGUACAGUAUGGGAUUGGAACAAGGUUAUAUCCCUCGCAAUCCGCGACAAAGUCGAGGGCAUUGUCGUCGCCUGUUCGACGAGGCUGGACGACCUCAACCAAAAGGGGUCCUUUUCAGCGGCAAACUCACCUCCUGGCAGACAGGUGCGGGACCCGACUCGGAAGCAAGCAUGGAUCGCGGCAACAUUUCUUGGCCUCCCGAAACGAUCGGUUUAGGAGGACCCAAUGGUGACGUCUACAAAACCUCGGAGCUUCCUAGAUACGCCGAGACGGCCGCCGAGGGUCCCCUGAAGAUUCCUGGGGUCGCGAGGGGCUCCGCAGGGCCGAAGUGGUACGAACGGAUUGAGGGCUGCGAGUAUCUCGAUGCUUGGGAAGGAGUCGGACCGAACGUAAAGAUACCGAAAAACUGCCAGCUAUGA